GUGCUGCUCGGCGUGCUUAAGCUCCACCUUCGUAAGCUGCUGAUUGAGUGGACGCUGCCUCAGUCGCGGGAGAAGCCGGGGCUCAUUGGCUUGGCGUAGCUGGGCUGCUGUGGUGCGCUGUCCGCCUUGGAUUCUGAAAAUAUCUUUGGAAUCUCUGACGUCCAUAUGGCUAUGUAUGAUGAAGAUCUCUUGAAAAAUCCUUUUUAUUUGGCUAUUCAGAAACGUCGUUCUGACCUUUGCAGGGAAGUUGCAGAAUUCCAUGGUAUUAUAUUAGUACCGUGCAAAGGGAGCUUUUCAAGCAGCAGUCUCUCUAGCUGCCAAUUUGAUUCAUAUGUUUUAAAACCAGUGGAAGAAAAAUUUCAGACCUUAAAUGGAAAGGAAAUCUUUAUCCAGGGAAACUUGAUUAUUUUAGGAACUGGUUUUAAUCAUCAUCUCUCAGUACCUGUUCUCUUUGAGGAAACAUUCUACAAUGAAAAAGAAGAAAGUUUUAGCUUAUUGUGUAUUGCUCAUCCCCUGGAAGAAUCGGAAAUCUUAGAAGAAUUUAAAACCUCACCAAAAUCUUAUUCCCUGAAAAACAUUGAGGAUGUGAGAGAAUUUUUGGGAAGACAUUCUGAAAGAUUUGACAAACACAUUGCGUCUUUCCAUAGGACUUUUAAAGAACAUGAAAGAAAAAGCCUACGACAUUACAUAGAUUCUGUUAAUGCACUUUACACCAAAUGCCUCCAGCAUUUACUGAGGGAUUCUCACUUGAGGGUGCUUGCAAAGCAGGAACCGCAGAUGAAUCUGAUGAAACAAGCAGUUGAAAUGUAUGUACAUCAUGAUGUUUAUGAUCUGAUCUUUAAAUAUGUGGGAACUAUUGAGGCAAGUGAGGAUGCAGCCUUUAACAAAAUUACAAGAAGCCUCCAAGAUCUCCAGCAAAAAGAUAUUGGAGUUAAGCCUGAAUUCAGCUUUAAUAUUCCUCGUGCAAAGCGAGAAUUGGGUCAGCUGAAUAAAUGCACCUCCCCACAACAGAAACUGAUCUGUCUUCGAAAAGUGGUACAAAUUAUUAUGCAGUCUCCUAGCCAAAGAGUUAACAUGGAGACCAUGUGUGCAGAUGAUCUUCUCUCUGUGUUACUGUAUCUGCUAGUAAAAACAGAGAUUCCUAACUGGAUGGCAAAUUUGAGUUACAUCAAAAACUUCAGGUUUUGCAGUUCAGCAAAGGAUGAACUGGGAUACUGCCUGACCUCUGUUGAGGCUGCUAUAGAAUAUAUCCGACAAGGAAACCUCUCCGACAGACCAACAGAAUCUGAGAGGGUUAGUGACAAGUUCUUGAGACAAAGAAUGAACUUGCUGUCCCAGAUGUCCACAACCCCAAUAGAUUGCUUGUUCAAGUAUAUUGCUUCAGGUAACCAGGAGGAAGUGGAACGAUUACUAAGUCAAGGUGACAGUGAUAAAGACACUGUACAGAAAAUGUGCCACCCACUCUGUUUCUGUGACAAUUGUGAGAAGCUGGUUUCUGGGAAAAUGAAUGAUCCUUCCAUUGUCACUCCGUUUUCCAGAGAUGACAGGGGAUACACGCCACUUCAUAUAGCUGCUAUCUGUGGGCAAGCGUCAUUAAUUGACCUGUUAGUUUCCAAAGGAGCUGUAGUCAGUGCUACAGAUUACCACGGUUCAACACCUCUUCACCUUGCCUGUCAGAAAGGAUAUCAGAACGUUACACUUCUCUUGUUGCACUAUAAGGCAAGUACAGAUGUUCAAGACAAUAAUGGCAAUACUCCACUUCAUUUAGCCUGCACUUAUGGUCAUGAGGAUUGUGUCAAAGCUUUAGUCUAUUAUGAUGUACACUCUUGUAGACUAGAUACUGGUAACGAAAAAGGAGAUACUCCCCUCCAUAUUGCUGCUCGUUGGGGCUAUCAAGGAAUAAUAGAAGUGCUGCUGCAGAAUGGAGCCAACCCAGAUAUUCAGAACCGUAUGAAAGAGACUUCCUUGCAGUGUGCAUUAAAUUCCAAGAUUUUAUCAUUGAUGGAAUUAAACUACCUAACGUUUGAAAGGGGACAGAGUGCUUCUGAGUCUCCAGUUAAGUCUCCUCAGCAUUCAGCAGACACCUUCAGCAGAGGGUCAUCUGUCUCCAGCUUGUCAUCAGCAUCAGCAGAUACCAGACAAGAAGAAGUUACAAAUAAUUACAAAGAGAUAGAAAAACUCUUACGAGCAGUUGCUGAUGGAGAUCUGGAAAUGGUAAGUUCUUAGAAUGACUUGAUGUGG